AUGACGCAAAGCACCUUUAUUUCGAAGAGAAUAGCUGCAUUGGCAGAGGAUGCAAGAUCUCAACAGCUCAAUGAGGAGGCUCGUGUGGAGGCCCUAAAAGCAGCCCGGGAUUUAGUGGCAGCACUGGAAUCACCGGUGGAGAGAAUGAUUCAAGAUGUGGUGUUGAACUCGCCUAUCCUGAUGGCUUUGCGCAUGGGAGUACAACUAGGCAUCUUCUCGCAAAUCAGUCAGAACCCAGCAAAGGGAGUCAGCUGCGAUAUCAUUUCGAAAAGCUCCGAAGCAAGUCCGAUUCUUGUAGCCCAAGUGCUCCGAGUUUUGGCCGCCACAGGAUAUAUCAAGCAAGAGGAUGAACAAUUCAAGCCAUCAGCUCUCACGAUGGUCAUGGCAGAUCCAACGACGGAAGCAACAACUCGAGCUUGUUUUGAAAUCGGAAACGUAUGCACAAUGAAAGCCCCAGAGUUCUUUCGUCAGAACAAUAACAAGUUUCCUGAUUCGGACAAAAACACCCCAUUUCAACUCGCAUUUGGCACUGAUCUGACUUACUUCGCAUGGCUCGGUCAAAAUCCCGAUCUGGCCAGAGAUUUCCAGCAAUGGAUGACAUUGAAGCAGCGUGCUUCCCCAAGUUGGAUCGACUGGUUUGACAUUCAAGGUUGUAUCAUAGAUGGCGCCGAGGCACAGUCAUCUUCGAGUGUUCUUCUAGUAGAUGUUGGAGGCGGGGAAGGCAGCUAUGUGAAACAGUUCGAAGAAAACUUCCCCAAGGCACCUGGCCGUUUGAUCCUCCAGGAUCUCCCGCACGUUAUUUCAGGCAUUGAGAAUCCACCGACAAAUGUCGAAUUGGUGUCUCAUGACUUCUUCACUCCUCAAUCCAUUCAAGGUGCUCGAGCAUACUUUAUGCACUGGAUUCUCCACGACUGGUCCGAUGAGCAUUGUCGCUCUAUUUUGACCCAUAUUGUGGACGCGAUGAAACCUGGAUACUCCCGACUUAUCAUUCACGAGCACAUUCUCCCGGAUUCGGGCUGUGAUCUUGCGUCGGCAUGUAUGAGUGUCAUGAUGAUGGUUCAGGUUGCGGCUCUUGAGCGGAGUGAGAAGCAGUGGCGGGACUUGUUAGGCUCUGUUGGCUUGCAAAACAUCAAAUUCCAUCAACCGCCCGGAACUGGAGAAGGUAUCAUCGAAGCUACCAAAUAA